AUGAAGUGGUGGAUAGGUAUCCAGAAGGUUUUAACGAAGGAGUGGGUAGGUACACAGGGAGCCAACAAAAUACAUGUGGAUGUAUCCGUACCACCACGGUUUUACAAAGCCAGGGCAGUGCCAUACGCCUCAAGAGGAUUGGUCAACGAUCAACUGGACAAGAUGGAGGCACAGGGUGUGAUCAGCCCUGUUAGGAGUGCGGAGUGGGUUGCACCCAUUGUGCCGGUACUGAAGGACGGGGGCACAAGCAUUAGAAUUUGUGGUGACUAUAAACAGACAGUCAAUCGAGCAUCAGAAGUGGAGCAGUACCCGAUUCCAAGAAUUGAAGAUCUUUUUGAGUCAUUGACAGGAGGAGAAUCGUUUACCAAGUUGGAUUUGUCACAAGCGUACGACCAAAUCCCUCUAGCCAAAGAAUCGAAGAGAUCGACAGAGUUUAUCUCACAGUUAUCGACACUGUUGGCUCCUUUACAUGAGCUACUAAAGAGCAAGCAAAGUUGGAAAUGGACGACUCGCCCAGAGAGGGCAUUUCUGAAAGCAAAUUCAGUGCCGACAACUGCCAAUGUACUGGUCCACUUUGACCCAGACAAACCCAUUAUAGUCUGUUGUGAUGAUUCACCUUAUGGAGUGGGAGCAGUUAUGUCUCAUGUGGAGAGGGACAGAAGUGAAAGACCUAUUGGGUUUGCAACACUGAGUGCAGCAGAAAAGAAUUACGCGCAAAUUGACAGAGAAGGACUGGCAAUAGUUUUCGCGGUGAAGAAAUUUCACAACUAUCUCUACGGGAGAGCAUUACGAUUGUAA